UGUUGCUUGUUGACAGAGAAAGUGCCUUUAUUGACAUUGUUUUUCCUUCUCUUUCCACAAUUUAAAACAAAAGUGUAAUUAUGUUUCUACUUACAAAUGAGAUAAGAUGAAAAUCUAAUUUGAUUUCUUCAAACAAUUAACUGUUAACUUGGACUCUCUCUCUCUCCAAUUGAUGUUUAGUCUCCACGUGAUUGUUUCUUGUUUGAUUAAACAUCAAGAUCAAAUCUUCAACAACAACAACAUCAUCAUCAUCUUCGUCACGAUCGUCAACUCAAUUAACUAUUUUGGUUAAUUUUCUUUUUUUUGUUAACUAUGAAAUUUUCAUCACCAGCAAGUGAACAACAGUAAUUGCAAUCUAAUUGCUACAUUUUCUGCAUCUUAUCAACUCAAUUAUCAGCUUAAUUGGUUUCCAAUAACAUUCAUAAAACUAGAAUUGAUUAUAUUGGAAGAUAAUCAACUUCAUCUAUGUGAUCAUAUUUAAUACAAUCCAUAUCUUUAUCCUCCUUCUCAUCAUCAUCAUCAUCAUCACUAUUAUCUUAAUUUUAUCAUGAUAAUCACUUUUUGUUAGUUCUUUUUCAUGUUUUCACAUUUAUUACCUCGACAAUUAACUGGGUUUCACUUCAACUCUUCAGUUUCCAUUCUGAAAACAAAGAAUAUCAUCAAAAUGUCAACAUCAACAUCGAUCAAAUCAUCAUCUCGUGUCACCAAAUUUUCACAAUUAAUUGAAAGUUCCAAGUUACCCUUCUAUUCAAUUGAAAUAUUUCCACCAUCGAGUAAAUCAUUGAAUGAUUUGAAAAAUCUACUCAGUGAUUUAAGAAAAUAUCGACCCUUAUUCUGUGCCAUCACAUCUAAAAGUACUUCCCGAACAUCGAACACUGAAUCAUUAUCUCGAUUUGAUUUGGCCCGUCUGAUAAUCACCAACUAUGGAUUCGAUAUUCUCCUUCAUGUGACCUGUUCAGAUUUAAUGGAUUCCGAUCAGGGUAGAAAAUUCCUACAAGAAGCUAAAAACUGUGGAAUCAAGUAUAUUUUUGCUUUGCGAGGUGACGAUUUAGAUGAAUCAACGGAACGGGAAUUCAAUCAUGCCAUUGAUAUCGUUAGAUUUAUUCGAGCCGAGUUUCCAAACGAUUUUGUCGUCGCGGUCGCUGGUUAUCCUAAUGGUCAUCCAUCGGUAUCAUCCCUUGCUGAAGAUGUUAAAUACUUAAAGGCCAAAGUUGACGCUGGUGCUGAUCUAAUAAUAAGCCAAUUUUUUUUCAAUGUUGAUGUUUUUGCCCAAUGGGUUAGACUCUGUCGAUCAGCUGAUAUAAAAGCUCCCAUUUUACCGGGAAUAUUUACCUUUCCAUCUUAUCGAUCUUUUACCCGAAUGAUGAAAACAACCCAAGUUCCGAUCUGUAAUCAACUGGAAUCGAAAAUUGAAAAUAUUUCAAAUUGUGAUCAACAAAUUAAACAAUUUGCCAUCGAACAAUCAACACAAUUGUGCCUUAAUCUAGUUAAUCAAGGACUUUGUCCUGGACUACAUUUCUUUUCCCUCAAUAAAGAUUCAACGUUACAAGUUAUCGAGAUGAUUGAGCCCAAGAUACCGAGGACAACAAUUAACCAACAAUUAUUACGAUUAUCGGCACAAUUAGAGGAAUUUACUCUUGAUUCUGGUUCAGAAACAUUGGAAAAGAAUCAACCAUCAGUGAAAAGCGGUGAUAAAACACCAGAAUCAUCCAAUUAUCAUCAGAAUUAAUCAAUUGAUCAGUAACCAACUUUUUCCUUAAACAUCCUACAGAAAUCAAACUUCAUCCCACCGAAAGUCAUAUUAUUUUUCCUGAUAAAUCAAACAUCAUUUAUGAGAUCAAACAAGUGGAUCUUAAUCACAAAUCUCAUCAAAAAUCAUAAUCAUAAUCAUCAACCACAAACAUCAUUAAUUGAUUUCAAAUGAUUAUCAACCACCUCAAAGAUCUGAUUAGAGAUGUGAUCAGAUUUCGUGUUGAUGACUUGAAGUUAAUUGUUUUCUUUUCUCCCUUUACGUUAAUGAUUAAACCCAAAGUUAUCAUUAAAUCAAUUCACUUAUCAUUACAAACGAUAAGUAAUGCAAACGAAAAACAAUCAUGUGUAAUGACGUAUACAUAUUGAUAGAUUCCAAGUUAUCUUUUUGUCUGUUUUUUUGUAAAUAAAACUUUUUCUUCAAGAA